GCAGUGCAGCCUAAACAGCAGUGGUAACUCCCAAAAGCGCUUAUAAGUUCUCCUUGUCUGCGAAAGCCAAAGCCAUGGCUGCGACAGUGGGUUGUAUGAGGUAUCUGUUGGUGGGUGCCACAACUCCUCUCAGAAGAAGCACUUCUCUCCCUUCCUCUUCCUCUUUCUCUUCCUGGACAUGGAAACCCAAUCCCAUUUCGUUCCCAAUCCAAAACCAUGCCUUUCGCUCUCCAGAGAAAUUCUUCACUCCUCUGGCCGCCGCCUCGCCUUUCGACCUCUCCCCUCCCCCCAUCGAUCUCGACCUCCUUGAUUUAUGGCUUGGCUCCUUGCAGGAUACUGUGACAGAAGCAGGGGCAGAGGUUUCAGAAGCUGGGAUUAUUGAAACCUUUGAUAAUGAUGAUGAAGCAUUAGAUGCAGUUGACAAUGGGGUGGUGGUUGUGGACCUUUCUCAUUUUGGUCGGAUACGAGUCAGUGGAGACGACCGUAUUCAGUUCCUUCACAACCAAAGUACUGCAAAUUUCGAAUGUCUUCAGGAAGGACAGGGAUGUGAUACUGUCUUUGUUACACCAACAGCCAGAACAAUAGAUGUUGCACAUGCGUGGAUUAUGAAAAAUGCAGUCACAUUGGUGGUCUCCCCAGUGACCUGUGGAAGCAUAAUUGAAAUGCUUACAAAGUACAUAUUUUUUGCCGACAAGGUAGAAAUUCAAGACAUCACCAAGAAAACAUCCUUCUUUGUUUUAGUGGGACCAAAAAGCCACCAAGUUAUGGAGGAUUUAAAUCUUGGUGCUCUUGUUGGAAAGCCAUAUGGCACCCAUCAACAUUUUAUGGUGAAUGGGAUGCCGAUAACUGUAGGAGUGGGAAAUGCCAUCUCUGAAGAUGGAUUUUCAUUUAUGAUGUCACCAGCUAUUGCCGGAUCUGUCUGGAAAGCUCUUCUAAGUCAAGGUGCUAUCCCCAUGGGUUCUAAUGCUUGGGAAAAACUAAGGAUUUUUCAAGGAAGACCAGCUCCUGGAAAAGAGCUUACCAAUGAAUUCAAUGUCCUGGAGGCUGGUCUCUGGAACUCAAUUUCCCUUAACAAAGGGUGUUACAAGGGACAAGAGACCAUCUCUAGACUCAUAACAUAUGAUGGUGUCAAGCAGAGACUUUGGGGAAUAAGCCUUUCAGGACCAGCAGAACCAGGCAGCCCUAUUACAGCCGACGGGAAAAAGGUGGGGAAGCUAACUAGCUAUGCAUGUGGAAGAACAGAAUCUGAACAUUUUGGAUUAGGCUAUAUCAAGAGGCAAGCUGCUUCAAAUGGCAACACUGUGAUUGUUGGAGAUAACAUUGCUGGCACAGUGGUGGAAGUUCCUUUUCUUGCUUGGCAAUCACCACCAUCAAAAAGCUCGGGUCCUUAACUUUCUACGGCCAUGCAGAUAAUUUCAAACCACUUCAUAACUCUUCAACAACAGGAGGAAUGACUUACGUAAUGGUGUUCUUGCAACCAUUAUUGAAGAUGAACCUCCCACCAAAAAGAAAGAUUAUAAUCCCCUUCAAAAGACAGAAGCUGGUCUCUGCUUGUUAAAGAAUGUUGUAUCAAAUGCAGGCCAGAACAGGGUAGUUUUAUUUGGAUAUAGCAUAAUAUUGUUGUAAAUCAUCCUCAUCCUUUCUUAGAGUGCAUGGGUUUUUUAUAAUCUGAUUGCAAUCAAAGUCUGUUCAUAGUGAGUGUUGCAAAGCUUAAUGAAAUUAUUAUCUUGGCCAAAUUGGAGCCAAAAUCA